AUCGCUUUUCUUGCCAGCUUAGAAUAAUAUUAUUAAAACAAGCGAGCGAGGUCCUUCUUCUGGAGUGCGUUAUGCUGAAACGACAUAGAAGAGGUGGUGAGCGACUCGCGCAGGAGGAACAGCUUUCUCUCUUGUGCUUUAGAUGGAUAUAUAGUGUAGGAUGUAUGCUUGAACGGACCUAAAGUUGUGUGCCUCUCUUCGUCCGGAGUGGGUUUUGACUGUAUAAUCACAAAACGUCGUUUCUAAAAUUGUAUCUCUCUAGGGUCUACUUUGAAUAUAGAAGAACUGUUGUCGUUAUCGUUAGGUUAGGCGUAAAAACAAAAAGUGGACGUUUACUCCUGAGAAACCAUGUCUAUGCUUCCAACGUUCGGCUUUACGCAAGAGCAAGUGGCGUGCGUCUGCGAGGUACUUCAGCAGGGUGGCAACAUUGAACGUCUCGGGCGCUUUUUGUGGUCUCUGCCGGCCUGCGAACAUCUCCACAAGAACGAGAGUGUGCUCAAAGCAAAAGCCGUGGUCGCUUUUCAUAGGGGGAAUUUCAGGGAGCUUUAUAAGAUUCUCGAGAGCCACCAGUUCUCUCCGCACAACCAUCCGAAACUGCAGCAGCUGUGGCUCAAAGCGCAUUACAUCGAGGCAGAGAAGCUCCGGGGCCGCCCUCUUGGGGCAGUUGGGAAGUACCGCGUCCGAAGAAAGUUUCCGCUACCCCGGUCCAUUUGGGACGGCGAGGAGACAAGUUACUGCUUUAAAGAAAAGAGCAGGAGCGUGCUGCGGGAAUGGUACACCCAUAACCCAUACCCGUCCCCGCGGGAGAAGAGGGAACUAGCAGAAGCAACUGGGCUUACAACAACACAAGUCAGUAAUUGGUUUAAAAACAGACGUCAACGCGACCGAGCAGCGGAGGCAAAAGAAAGGGAAAAUAACGAGAACUCGAACACAAACAGUCACAACCCAUUGACGUCUUCCAUGAAUGGAAAUAAGACUAUUUUAGGAAGUUCGGACGACGACAAAACGCCGUCUGGUACCCCAGAUCACACCUCGUCAAGCCCGGCCUUGCUCCUCACGUCAAACUCCGGGCUGCAGUCCCUUCACGGCCUCGCACCUCCACCUGGUCCCAGCGCCAUCCCGGUGCCUAGUGCAGAUUCCGUGCAUCACCAUCACCACACAUUACACGACACUAUACUGAACUCUAUGUCAUCAAACUUGGUCGACCUUGGCUCUUAAACGAAUGGACCCUUAUGCAUGGACGAUUAGCGGAAAGCAUCUCCACACACGUUAACACAGUGAAAACGCCAAUUGCGAUAAGGAAGGGACAGAGAGAGUUUGAGAAAGUGGAUGUUUGUCGGCUGGCCUACUUACAAAGCAGAUAAGGAGGGCCUUCAGAGAGGUAUUUUUCUAGAAUGUAACGUCAUGGUCUAUUGAUAAUAAACAUGCCAAUAAACGUCUUAAUUGUUGAUAUCAAUAUUGUUUGAUAUUUAGAUGAUCCAUGACGCCCCAGUCGCAUAUUCCGGUUGUUUACAUUUUCUUUUAAAAAUUGCCAUAAAUUGUUUCAUUUUGAUGGGAUUUCGUUUUAUGAAAUGUUUUUACUACCAACAAGAUGUUUUUCAGCGGCUUUAAAUAAUAUCUCUUCACUUUCAUUUGUAUUUUACUUUUGGAAAGCGACUGUAUGUUAACUUUGGGAUCAAUAAUAAACUAUAAACUCCAACCCUUCAUAGUUUCAUAUACCCUUUACAAUAAAAAAUAAGAUCCAUUUACUGAGCAAGGACAAUUUUUGAAUGGUUUUGUUGUGAAGGUUGUGCAAUGGUUUGUUGAUGUGCAGGUGUCCUGAUUUGAUCGUGUGCGACCAAAUGUAAAUUACUACAAUAUACCUGGUCACGUGGUAGGCCUACCUAAGCUUUAGAACAGUUUUAGAUUGUUAUUUGUUUGAGCUUUAAAUGAGGUUUACACUGUUAUAACAGCAAAUGCGAAAUGUAAAUGCUACUGGAGGUCACGUGACUGGACAUUAAGUAUCUGACGCACAACAUACUGUAAUAGUAGGCCCAUUAACCCCUCAACUCUGAAUGGCUUUACCAGUUAGUGCUUAGACUAUAUGCCCGAAUUUCGGUAGACCACAAGUACAAGCAAUGCCUGUAUAAACAUUUUUACUUUGUCGUUGCUACGAAACUUGACACUACAUGUGUGGGAACAACAAGCGGUGUAUAAUUAAUUUGAUUUUCCAAAGAAUUUCCGACGCCGCAGGUCAGUGCUCGAGACCCAGCAGAACAUUAAGCCCAUAUCCAAAGUGUUUAUUUGUAUACACUUCCUUCUCAGCAUAUUGGAAUAAUUGCAUCUAUUUAGGCACUGACUAAACGUUGCGAUAAAUAACUGUCUGCUUUCUUAUCUAAACCGCUUUGACCUAUCAUUGAAAGAAAAUAAUUGUUACUCUAUUACAUUAUUAUUAGCAUAUAACUAUUAUUAGUGUUGUUAUUAUUAUUACUAUUAUGACUUAUUAUUCUUAUCAUCAAUAGCUCUGUGAAAGAUUCAGUAGGUCGUUUCCUGCCUGUGACUGAAUGGGGCAAAAGUCGACAGUCUCAGUCAGUCGGCGCAGAUUGUCGUUGGAGUUUGAUAAUCGUGAUAUGUCCUAUCCAAACUGACUAUAGUUUUUGAACAUUUUACCAAUGUGCUUUUAUCGACGUAUCUUCACGACAACAAAAUAUUUAGGCAAAUAUGAAUUGAAUAGGGGGGAACCAACAAGUUCUCUUCUCUUUUACUCAAAAUUCAGAUUAUUUAUGAUAUCAGUACCAAAUUUCUAACUACUGAGGUCAGAGGUCUACAUUCUCAAGAAUAAUAUAAAUACACCAUUUUAAAUAGGCUUAGGCCUACUACUUUCUCUUUAAAAAUAAACUGUGAUGUUUCAUCUAUGGCUUCGCUGCAUAUUCUUUAUAUCCUAAAGGGUUUGUAUUUUAAUCUAAUGCAUAUUAAUGUAUGUGUACAAUCCUUAGAGUAAUUACCUUAAUGUAAGAGGAACCAGAUUAGUUUGAAACAGUCCUGCAUCCAAAAGCAAACUGUUAAAGGCAAUAGUGAGUUUUCUUUCGAUCAAGGUGGCAACAAAUAUUUUGAGUAGGCCCAUAGGCCUACGUGACACUAAAUACAGCUUUUUUGCACAUUAGUGUUCUGUACUCAAAACAAGGUCUGUAUGCCCAGAGAACACUUACGUUAACUCUGCCCCGUGUCCUUUUCUAAUUCAAUAAUUGUUGGCUAUAUAAUGCUGUGUUACUAAGUCUGUAUCUUUGUCAGAGGCGAGGGGGUCAUAAAA